AUCGUGAAUAACUUAGUUAAUUAUUGUAAAAAUAGUUUUUAUAUUUUAAUUUUUAUUAGAAUUUCUUUAUUUUUUUUUAGUUUAAAAUUUUUAUUUAAUGAUUUAAUUUAUUUUAUUGAAUGGGAAAUUGUUUCAUUACAUAGAAUAUCUAUUGUAAUAACUUUUUUAUUUGAUUGAAUAAGUUUAAUAUUUAUAUCAUUUGUUUUAUUAAUUUCUUCAUUAGUAAUUUUUUAUAGUAAUCAAUAUAUGGCAGAAGAUUUUAAUGUUAAUCGAUUUAUUUUAUUAGUAUUAAUAUUUGUUAUAUCAAUAAUAAUAUUAAUUAUUAGACCCAAUUUAAUUAGAAUUUUAUUAGGGUGGGAUGGAUUAGGAUUGGUUUCGUAUUGUUUAGUUAUUUAUUUUCAAAAUGUUAAGUCUUAUAAUGCUGGGAUAUUAACUGCUUUAUCAAAUCGAAUUGGAGAUGUAGCUUUAUUGUUAGCUAUUGCAUGAAUAUUAAAUUAUGGUAGCUGAAAUUAUAUUUUUUAUUUAGACAUAAUAAAUAAAAGUUUUGAAAUAAUAAUUAUUGGUUCUUUAGUAAUAUUAGCUGCUAUAACUAAAAGUGCCCAAAUUCCUUUUUCUUCAUGAUUGCCUGCAGCAAUAGCUGCUCCUACACCUGUUUCUGCUUUGGUUCAUUCUUCUACUUUAGUAACAGCGGGGGUUUACUUAUUAAUUCGAUUUAAUAUUUUAUUAGUUGAUUCUUUUAUAGGACAAUUUUUAUUAUUAAUUUCUGGAUUAACAAUAUUUAUAGCGGGGUUAGGAGCUAAUUUUGAAUUUGAUCUAAAAAAAAUUAUUGCUUUAUCAACUUUAAGUCAAUUAGGUUUAAUAAUAAGUAUUCUAUCAAUUGGAUUUUAUAAAUUAGCUUUUUUUCAUUUAUUAACUCACGCUUUAUUUAAGGCUUUAUUAUUUAUAUGUGCAGGGGUAAUUAUUCAUAAUACAAAAAAUGCACAAGAUAUUCGUUUUAUAGGAAGAUUAAGUAUUAGAAUACCUUUAACUUGUAGUUGUUUUAAUAUUGCUAAUUUAGCUUUAUGUGGUAUACCUUUUUUAGCAGGGUUUUAUUCAAAGGAUUUAAUUUUAGAAGUAGUUAUGUUGUCAUAUAUUAACUUUUUUUCUUUUUUUCUUUUUUUUUUUUCUACUGGCUUGACAGUAUGUUAUUCUUUCCGAUUAGUUUAUUAUUCAAUGACUGGGGAUUUUAAUAUAACUUCUUUAAAUAUAUUAAAUGAUAAGGGUUGAACAAUAAGUUUUAGAAUUUUUUUUUUAAUAGUAAUAGCUAUUAUUGGAGGAAGAAUGUUAAAUUGAUUAAUAUUUUUUAAUCCCGAUAUAAUUUGUUUACCUUUUGAUAUAAAAAUAUUAACUUUAAUUGUUUGUAUCUUAGGGGGUGUAUCUGGUUAUUUAAUAAGAAAUAUUUCUUUAUUUUUUUAUAAUAAAUCUUUAAUAAACUAUGGUUUAAGUAGAUUUGCAGGAGGAAUAUGAUUUAUACCAGUUAUUUCUACAUUAGGUGUAAUUAAGUUUUCAAUAAAUUUAGGAUUAUAUAGAUAUAAAAGUUUUGAUCAAGGAUGAAGUGAAUUUUUUGGAGGUCAAAUAUUAUAUAAUCAAUUAAAGAAUUAUUCUUUAUAUAUUCAAGAAUUUCAAAAUAAUAAUUUAAAAAUUUAUUUAUUAAGUUAUUUAUUAUGAGUAAUUGUUUUAGUUUUAAUGAGUAUAUUUUUAAUUUAA